CCUCCAGGCCCAUCCCAAGAUGGCGGAGAUCCCCCUGUACUUUGUGGACUUGCAGGAUGACUUAGACGACUAUGGAUUUGAAGACUGUGGUCCAGAUUGUGACAACAUGAGAGUAACAGCCUUCUUGGACAUUCCAGGCCAGGAUAACCUGCCUCCACUCACUCGCCUGGAGAAGUAUGCUUUCGGUGAGAACACCUUCAAUCGGCAGAUUAUUGCCAGAGGGCUGCUUGAUAUCUUCCGGGACUUCAGUAACAAUGAAGAAGACUUCCUAAUGGUAAUGGAGAUUGUAGUCAGAUUGUCAGAAGAUGCAGAGCCCACAGUGCGGACUGAGCUGAUGGAACAGAUUCCUCCUAUUGCCAUUUUUUUACAAGAAAACAGAUCAGAUUUUCCAGUGGUGCUCUCUGAAUAUCUCAUACCUAUUGUAGUGAGGUACCUCACAGAUCCAAACAAUCAGGUGAGAAAAUCAAGUCAGGAAGUGCUCUUGAUUCUUCUGGAACAAGAUCUAAUUUUCCAGCAUGAUAUUGAAAACAAAGUGUGUCCCAUUCUGCUGCAGCUCUCUGCCCCAGACAGUGAUGACGAAUAUAAAGCAGAAGCUGUGAGCAUAAUCUGCAAAAUGGCUUCCAUGCUGAGUAAGAGUACAGUUGAACGCCUGCUACUGCCCCGAUUCUGCGAACUGUGUGGUGAUGGGAAGCUUUUUCAAGUUCGGAAGGUUUGUGCUGCAAAUUUUGGUGAUAUUUGUCAUGCUGUUGGACAAGAAGCCACUGAGAAAUUUUUGAUCCCAAAGUUCUUUGAGCUCUGCUCUGAUGCUGUUUGGGGCAUGCGGAAAGCCUGUGUGGAGUGCUUCACGGCUGUGUCACACAGCUCCUCCCCUGGGGUCCGCAGAACCCAGCUCUCCCCGCUCUUCAUCAGACUUGUCAGCGACCCCUGCCGAUGGGUGCGCCAGGCUGCCUUCCAGUCUCUCGGCCCCUUCAUUUCCACCUUUGCAAACCCUUCCAGGGCUGGCCUUUAUCUUCGAGAGGAUGGCGCCCUGAACAUCCGGCCUCUCACCCAGGAUUUCGACUCUGGUUUUGCCUCUGGCUCACCCGCUCCCAGCAGUGGUGGUAACACUUCCCCUGCCAGUUUAACUAGUUCAGCAAAGCCUGUGCAGAGGGAGCCAGAGCUACCCGUGGAAGGGACCUCAGCGAAAACCAGCAAUGUCCCGCACAUCGGUAGCUCCUCUGACGGCCCAGUGGAAAACCCUGUGGAAAGCUCUGUGUCGGCUGGAGCUGAGCUGAGCAGGCUUUCCCCAGAGACCAGCGCCUUCUCAAAGCUUUCUGACAAUAACGACUUCCCCAUCAGCAGCUACCCUGGAUCAGAUUCCUGGGCCUGCCCAGGGAACUCUGAGGAUGUGUUUAGUCAUUUUCUUUAUUGGCGAACUCCUCUCCCUGACAUAAGCAAGGACUUAGAGCUACUUCUGAGCGAGGCUGGGCCUCAGGAGGAUGACUGCAGUAGACCUGGGGUUGUGCACAACAACUAUGUGGCCCGGAGUGAGAUUCAGAAAGUCCUUGAUAGUUUGCAGGAGCAUCUGAUGAAUGAUCCGGAUGUUCAAGCUCAAGUUCAGGUAUUAUCAGCUGCACUGAGAGCUGCACAGCUUGACUCCGUGAAUGAACCCGAGAGCCAGCCAACAGCAGGUCUAAAUGAAGUGUCCAUUUCAGAUCCCAGCUCUGCCUCUGACAAUCAGAUCACUCUGUCGGCCUCAUCAUCUCAGAAUGAGCUCUUUGUGGCCAGGAUAUUACAAAGCACAGAUCCUGGUGAACCCAGAAAUGGAACCAGUGACCAUCUGGAGACUGACCAGAGGCAGGAUCCCACCCUACUUGAAGAGAAUAAAUCUAAAUUACAGGAUAUAAUACCUCAGCCGCUGCUAGAUCAGUAUGUGUCCAUGACUGACCCAGCUCGAGCCCAGACUGUUGAUACUGACAUAGCCAAACACUGUGCCUACAGCCUCCCAGGGGUGGCGCUGACCCUGGGCAGGCAAAAUUGGCACUGCCUGAAAGAUACAUACGAAACACUGGCUUCUGACGUACAGUGGAAGGUACGGCGAACCCUAGCCUUCUCCAUUCACGAGCUGGCUGUGAUUCUUGGGGAUCAGUUAACAGCAGCUGACCUGGUGCCUAUCUUCAAUGGAUUUUUAAAGGAUCUGGAUGAAGUGCGAAUAGGAGUUCUUAAACACCUGUAUGAUUUUCUAAAGUUGCUUCAUGAAGACAAGAGGAGAGACUAUCUUUAUCAGCUUCAAGAAUUUGUAGUGACUGAUAACAGCAGGAAUUGGAGGUUUCGAUAUGAACUAGCAGAACAGCUGAUACUGAUUCUAGAACUCUAUAGUCCCAGUGAUGUUUAUGAUUACCUAAUGCACAUUGCCUUAAAGUUGUGUGCAGAUCAAGUUUCUGAAGUUCGGUGGAUCUCCUUCAAACUAGUUGUGGCAAUUCUGCAGAAGUUCUAUUCCAACAGUGAAAGUGCGUUGGGGUUAAAUUUCAUCAAUGAACUCAUCAUAAGGUUCCGGCACUGUUCUAAGUGGGUUGGAAGGCAAGCUUUCGCUUUCAUUUGUCAGGCAGUGGUGAGCAAGGAGUGUGUCCCCGUGGACCAGUUCGUGGAGCACCUGCUUCCCAGCCUCCUGAGCCUCGCGUCAGAUCCUGUGCCCAAUGUGAGGGUUCUGCUAGCCAAGGCCCUAAGGCAGAUGCUGUUGGCAAAGGCGUAUUUUAGAAAUGCCGGUAACCCUCAUCUUGAAGUCAUUGAAGAGACCAUCUUAGCAUUGCAGUCAGACCGGGACCAAGAUGUUUCCUUUUUUGCAGCCCUAGAACCAAAGCGGCGGAAUAUCAUAGACACUGCUGUACUAGAAAAACAGAAUUAACUACUCCGUGAUGAGUUGCAAUCUGAUUGUUUCAUGCUUGGCACAUAUGGCUUAAAGUAACUUGAAGGGGAGCUGAUUGUAUUAUACCAGCUGGGGGAGAUUCUGGAGCCUUUCAUACUGUGUACUCUGACUGGCACCUUUUCCAUCUGUACCCCGAAGGCACUGAACCUGAUGGGGGCUUUUUCUGGAUGGCUGGGCCAUCCUGAUCAAGCCUGAUCAGGAAGUCUGUGGAAAGAUUGCAGACCAUGUAGCUAACUGGGCACUGGAGCCUCUGAACCACCAGGCUGCCUGCCAGCAAGUUAUUUUCUCCAUGGCAGACUGUAUGAUCUGAAGUCCCCCCAACCCUUGCCAGGUAGUUUAUUAGAAGCUCUUAAGUCUUUCAUAGACCUGCAUAUUUCCUUCCCUUAUGAUUUCCUAUAAAAUAUAGUUUCUGGUGUUAUGUUUUAUUUUUAACUGAAAUACUGUACAUAUGUAAAUAACUCUUGACAGGAAGAAAAUAUAUAAAUGUAGUAUUUGCCCCCUAUCAGUGAGCUGAACAAAUACAUCAUUUAAAUCUGUGCUCCACUUUGAGUUGCUACAAAUAUAGUUCAGUUUGUUUACUUUUGAAAAAUGUGAUAAAGAAAUCUAAAGAGUGA